AUGCACGAUAGAGCUGGAGUUGUGGUAUUGCUCAAUGGAUAUCCAGGCGUAGGUAAAUCGAGUGUCGCAAAAGAGUUGUUGAGGAUCCUACCAAAUGCGAAAUUAUUAGAGUACCACUCGAUGAGAGCCGUGAUAGAUCCAUUGAUAGAUAAAGAGAAAGAUACGGACAGAUGGAUGGAGAUGAAGAAGGCUUUGUUACAAACCCUCUUGUCCACACUCGGUUCCAAUCCACCUUCCUCCCCUUCCUCGCAACCACCAAUCUACAUCCUCACUUCUCAUCUGUGCGCCACACCGAGGAGGUUAUCCGUCCUUCAUUCUCAUCUAUCUUCGUUACCCCUCAUUCAUGUAUUACUAAACUGUUCGACAGAAGAGAACCUUCGCAGGUUGGGCAGUCCCUCUAGAAAGGGCCUCUCGGAGAUAGAUCCCAAUAUCAAUUCCAGUCGUAAUGGGAGUGUGGGAUUUAGUACAAAAGGAUAUACAGGUAAGAAGAUAACGGAUGAAUCUACCUUAUACGAACUUCGAAUGGAAGAAGAACUGGGUAGAUUUUACGCAUACAAUUCCAAUGGACUUAAAUCUACUGGGGGUGGAGGAGGGGGGAUCGAAGAGUUGAAAAGAAAAGGUCUGUUAGGUGAAUAUGAAGUGAAUACAGAAAGUCUAGAGGUCAACCAGACUGCUAUGUUGGUUUCGGAAUAUAUCAUCGAAGCUUGUAGAGAGAUGGGUUGGUAUAUCAGGUUGAACCCACAAAAGAAGUGA